GUAAUGAAUGAAGUUCCCUCUGAUCUGAUUUUUGCUGCCUUACUCUUCUUUCUCCGAUCCAUCCUUUGCUAAGUUUUAGGCAUACAUGGCUUGGCAGGGUGUGAAAACAGUAAUUCUUGUUUUGUGUUGCAUUGAUUUAGCUCUGUCUCUGGGUUCAGAGCCGGUCUCUACUUUAGAUCCUUUUGCAAGCAUAGAUGAUGAAUAUUCUGGUGUUGAAGCUGAUUACUCAGAGAUGGCAACUCAAGGCAGUGUACAGGUGAUGAAAUCAAAGCUGGCAGUCUACUGUAACAAUGAUACUAUGAAAACUAUUUUGCUAGAUGGUUCGUCGAGUCAAGUUCAGAUUUUGGGUGUUUCAGUAAUUGAAUCUGUGUAUGGGGCUCCAGUGUCCUGUGGAUACUCGCUGACACGAGGCCGUGGCCAUAAUAUUUUGGUUGUUGACUAUGCUGACUGUCCUGUGGUCUUGGAGGAUGGCCAUUACACUCUGCGGAUCCACUAUCAAGGUGAAGACGGACAGUUGGAUGUCGCUACGGUCUCUUGUGAUGCAAAACAAAGUCUCACUGCUUCCCUAAAACAUCGGAGUGUACAGUCAGAACAGAUUCCAGUUUGUGCACAAGUCCCCCCAACACAACCCUACGAGUCCUCACCUCCCCUUUCCCCAUCAUAUCCACUGCUGCUGAACAGCAAACCGAGAGGCUGCAGCAUCUCUGACAAUCAGAGAGUGUCGUGUGGUACCUCGGGUAUAACACAAGAUGAGUGCCUGGCCACAGGAUGCUGUUUUGAUGAGAGGUCCUCAGUCUGUUACUAUCCCAUGGAUGGCUGCAGCAUCUCUGACAAUCAGAGAGUGUCGUGUGGCACCUCGGGUAUAACACAAGAUGAGUGUCUGGCCACAGGAUGCUGUUUUGAUGAGAGGACCUCAGUCUGCUACUAUCCCAUGGAUGAAUGCACUGCUGACAAGAACUUUGUCUUCGCUGUUUAUAAUGAUUUCACAAACCUCCCUGUGAACCCCAUGAGCUUGAUGGUUGCUGGAAAGACUGGUUGCAAGCCUGUUAUCUCCAACAAAGACUUCGCCAUCUUCAAGUUUUCUGUCUCUGAGUGUGGAACACGUUCUUUUGUCAUUGGUGAGACUGUAAUUUACCUAGCUGAGGUACAGACCAUAAUUAAAGUUCGCAACCUGAAGUACGGCGUGAUCUCCAGGGAUAAUCCAAUCAGACUGAUGGUUGAGUGCCGCUACCCGAGGGUUUCAGCUGCUCCCAUGUUUGCAGGACCUGUGCUUGCGAGUGCAGGAUACAUGGUUAUGAGUCCCAGUCUUCCUCCAUUCCUGGUGUCUGAAGGACGGUUUGGAGUUCAGCUUUUAAUUUCUCUGGAUGAGACUUUCACCAAGUUUUAUCCACAGUGUCAUCAGCCCCUACACGUUCUUUUGGGGAAGUCUGUAUAUCUGGAGUUGCGUCUGAGGUCUCGAAAACCUGCAGCUACUCUCAUAGUUCACUACUGUGUGGCCUAUCCACGCUUCGCCAAGAGUGCCCUGAUUCUGCUGUUUGAUGGAUGCCCUAAUCCUCUUGACUCUGGCACCACCUCCAUCCUUUAUAUGAAACAUCUUCCGCAGAAUCGGCAUCAGCGUCGCUUUGAGGUCAAAGCCUUUCAGUUCAUGGAUUUGUCCACCAGAAAAUACCUGAAUGAGGAGAUUUACUUCAUGUGCUCUACUGAAGUCUGCUUGCCCUCUGGGUCACCUUGCACAGAGACCUGCUUUGAUGGAAAGUUUCCUUGAAUGAGGUGCAGGUGAACCAUUGGCAAUGGGAGUGUGUGAAUCAUCUUGUGUUGGUGUUGUCUAAUGUUGAAUAAAAUUUUAGCUCCA